AUGAAGUCCCUCGCACUCGCCAUGCUCGCCGCAACCGCCGUGGCCGUGCCCUCGCAGCCCAAAAGGGCAGGGAAACGACCUCUGCCCUCGCCCAUAGCGUCAGCAAACGGCCGUCCCCCCAUUUGGACCGGCUACUGCGAUGUCUACUCCCAGCAAUGCGUGUUCGAGUACGUGAAGACGGUGGUGACCUACGGCCGGCCGACCAACAUGAGGGAGUUUGGCUUCGCCAACUGCACCCAGAACGCUCUUUGCCUGCGGCAUGGGGACCGGUGUUAUGCCAUGGAAUUCGGGGGAGUAGAUCGCGGUGCGUGUGGUAACGUGCCGACCAUAGAGGAACUCCGGGCUGAGGCGCGGGCGCGGGUGCGGGCCCGGAAGAAUCCGGCGGCAGCCCGGCGACAUUAA